AUGCAAUUGGGUCCGUAUUGCCUCCGCAGUUUGGUUCGUCCCCGAAAGGCAUCCGGUUGUUUAAUUGUCCCUGUUCGCGCGGUACGGUGCGGCGCGGCUGGGGGAAUGGCCGAGGGAGCUGACUUAAUCGAUAUUUACGCGGAUGAAGAGUUUAAUCAGGAGACUGAUUAUGUUGCAAAUGAUCAAGUUGACCUUUAUGACGAUGUAAUAGCAGCGGCCGAUAGUAAUAACCAUGAAGAUCAAAGUUAUGAAGAGAUAUUACCCCGGACACCUGGCGAGCCAAAGAAGACAGAAAACACUACUAGGCCAACUAUAGUUUACACAUAUGGAGGCAAACGGCAAGCUGUCUAUGUGGGAAACCUCACGUGGUGGACAACUGAUCAGGAUGUGGCAGAUGCUGUCCACUCGGUUGGUGUGCAAGAUCUAUUGGAAAUCAGGUUCUCUGAAAACCGUGCCAAUGGGCAAUCAAAAGGGUUUGCUGAAGUGUAUCUGGGAUCUGAAAGUUCUGUCCGGCGACUCAUGGAGUUACUUCCACAAAGAGAACUUCAUGGACAAAGACCAGAGGUCAUGCCUUGCAACAAACAGAAUCUCAACCAGUUUGAAGCUCAAUCCAAGAAAAGACAGAAUCCUCAGAGAAGCCAGUCAUAUGACUCAGUAAAUUCUCCAGACCACCGUGAUUCCCCAUUGCCCCGGAGAGGGCCAUCACCAGCUGAAAAUGCAAUUGCUCCUCCCAGGAGGGAUAAGUUGCCACACUCCUUCCAAAUGUCUGGACGGAAUCCAUAUGGUGAAAUUCCACAUGGAAUUCCACCGCCAGGCCUUCUUCACCCUCACAUGCCACUUCCCCUCAACUCUGGAUACAGACCACCACUUCAUAUGCACCCCGGGCCCCUGCCCCCACCAGGCUCAUUCUUAGCUCGACAUGGUCACCCAGGUUCUAUUGUACCUCCAUUGCCACCUGGACUCCCACCCCAUCUAGUAGUGCCACCUCCAGGUGCUGUUCCACCUGCCCCUCACAUCAACCCAGCAUUCUUUAUACCACCAAAUGCCGGCUUGCCUCCAUCAAUUGACAAUAGAGGACUCCCACCACUGCCAUCGGAUACCUUUGGAAGACCACCAAUGACUCAGUUCAAUAGAGAUGAAUUCAAGCGUGGAAGAGAUCCCGACGCCAGUAGUCCCCCUUUGAGUGAAGCAGAUUUUGAAGAGAUAAUGAACAAGAAUCGUGCAAUCUCUAGUAGUGCCAUCGCCAAAGCUGUCGCCGGGGCCAGUACAGGGGACUAUGGAAAUGCCAUCGAGACAUUGCUUACUGCCAUUGCCUUGAUCAGACAGUCAAAAGUUGCACCGGAUGACCGUUGUAAGGUUCUGAUCAGUUCCCUGCAGGACUGCCUCCAUGGAAUUGAGUCCAAAUCAUAUGGGUCAGGAUCCAGAAAAAGAGAUCGAUCGCGAGACCGAGAGUACAGCCGCUCUCAUGAUAGAAGCCGCAGGCACAGAGAGCGCUCUCACAGUGAAGAUCGACAUGAAGACUAUUAUCGUGAGAGAAGCAGGGAACGCGACCGACAUAGAGAUCGAGACCGUGACAAAGAAAGAGAUCGGGAAAGGGAAUAUAGGCACCGUUAAGAGGAGAGUUUUCAUCUUUGUACAGAUCCUGGAUCAGGAGAAAAAAAUUAAAAAGUCAGGAAGACAUUUUGAAACGAGUGAAGAAAGGAGCUGAAUUCUUGGGAGAAGUGUGUGCACCAAGACCUGUGGAAAGUGAAGUGUUAGUACACACACGGUUGCAACUUCAAGAAUUUCUCAAAUUCGUUUGGGAAUGGAUUUCUGGAACGUACGUUUCAACAAUUACAUUAAACAUUUUAUACAUUCUGUUUCUUUAAGGGAUGCUGGCUGAUCAGAUCUUUUUUCUAAGAGGGCAUCUUCAAAAAGAGGCUGCAUUUUGAUUUCUGCCAAAUCUUUUCAUUGCUGACCGCAUUGAGCCUAAAUUCUGCUGAGAGUCACUGGUAAAAUAUUUAGGGGUGAAAUGUCAUCAUCUUGGAUAAACCUCAACAACUUAUGUUAUCUAUUUGUUUUGUAUGGCUAGUAUUAGUACAAGUCCUCUGAUUACUCAUGAUUUCAUUGGCAAUAGCGAUCAAAAGGAAGUAUUCCUAAUGUGAAUUGUAACACUUUCCAUAUUGCAAAUGUGUAGGUGAAUAGUGACUCUCAGUGUUCUGUCAGAGAAUUACUACUUAAAGUUCUUUUAUAUUUAUAUAGGUUAGGGUGCAUGACAACGAAUCUUUCGCACCUGUGUGCCAAGAACUAGUGAAGACCCUAUUUUAUUAAUAAUAUAAUUAAAUACUGUACUCUUAUCAUCCAGACUGCCCCAUGUGCAUUGUGAUGCCAAUGUGGAUUAUGUCCAGCCAACGGGAUUCAUCUUUCUUUGUGAUAGUAGAGUUGCAAGAAUAUUUAAAAUAAAUGAAGUUUUUUUUUAGUUUCUUUUACAAAGAUAAUGCAGAAUUUUUUAGAAAACCAUUGAGAGAAGCCUUUACGAUUUAUCACCUGCAGAAUUUCCUUUUUCUUUGAAGCUAAGUAUCUGAAAUUGUCAAAAUAAUGUUAGUAUCCUCUUUUAGUCUCUCUGAGUGAGUAGGUUUCCCUAAUGUGACAAGCUUAGUUCUUCGAAAUCCUCACAGCCUCGUAGCUAAACCUGGUGUUCUUCAUAUUACCGUUAUUCUAAAGAGAGAAAAUUUUGCUGAAAUACUUUUUUUAAAACAGGUAAUAAAGCAAGAAGCCGUUCCUUCAAUUAUAAAUUGAAUUAACUUAAAGGUUUAAGAAUUACUGGGAAAGUGUUGACAAUAUUUUUGGUGUCGAUGAUGAUGAUGCAGUAAGAUAAAUCUUCCCCUUCCUAGAAAAUCAGUCAUUGAAUUUCUUCAGCUUUUAUGACCUGCGUGUAAAUUACAACAACAUCAGCUACAAAUUCUGCAACAAUAGGUUGAUGUAAAAUGUUAAAGGGUUAAUAUGGUGCCACCAAAAUCGUUUGGUCCUUGCCACUGUAUGUUUGUGGUGAACCCUCGAAAUAACAUUUCAGUGUCUCUCAAUCAUCUUGAAUUAAAACGUCACUCGUUCACAAUCAAUUUAUAUUCAUAUGUCUACCCUAUAAGUGACUGAUUAUGGGGACUGAACAAAGGAUUUUAGUUUUGCUUUCUUGUGAAUUUUAUAACUAAAUGACUUGAUGUUAUUAAAGCCCCUAUGGAUCCUUGUAUGUAGUCUUUGUCAUGUCCUCCCUCCUCUGGAAAAAGGAUCACAUGCCAAGAUUGUGAUAUACUCAUAUGUAUGAUAGAGCAAAUUGGUGGCAAUCUAGUGGUAAGAAUGAAGCCUCAGCAAUUUGGUUCAAGGUGGAUUUUUUGAUUCCAAGACCAAUAAUUGAUGUCCGUAUGAACAGCUGUUGUCCGUACAUACCCAGAUUUAAAGUGACAUAAUUUUCAGUAAUUCUAAGUAGGUCAAAGAAAUGAACACCAUAUUAUGGAAUAAUGUUUUUAAUAAUGUCAUGAUGAAGGUUAGUGAUGGUAAUUUUGAAUGGUCCACAAGUUGCUCUUAUUGGUGCUACCUUUGAAAUUUCUGCAUGAGGACUAAUAUAGUAUAGACCAUGAAAGAUUUGUAAAGGACAACUGAGACUAACUAAUCAUCACUGAAAACCUAGCAAUUAAUCAAGUGAUAUCAUUUCAAUGUCCACCUUGAUGAUGCGUUGCACUGGCAACAAAAUAAUGGUGAGAAUUUCUGAAAUUUGCCGGCAAGUUUUGUGUGGAAGGUUUUUCUUUCAGGCUUUGAUUUAGGCUUGACCUUCAUUGAGUUGUUGAUUUAACCUGUUUAGUGCUUUGCAUCUUGGAGAGUUGGAAUUGAGAAUACCAUGGAGAAGUGGGACUUGCAGCUGGGUUAGCACCUGCUGGCCUGGUGCUACUGUGGUUGGUGCCAGCACUUGUGGGGAGGAAGGGAAUGCACAACUAAAGCAUUCCACGUAGAAUUUCAAUCUUUCUUCACUUGGGACAAUUUUCUGCUUUCUUUUUUAAAAUGGUAAAAAAAUAUUUUUUUUAGUUGUACCGGUUUAAGGACAAGCAAUUUGUCAGUGACUUUGUAUUGUGCUUGUGCGUUUACUGUGAAAUUAAAAAAAUAAAAUUGUUGUGUGUUUU